AUGGUUGAGACCCUCAUGCCCCCCAAUGAAUGCCACGGACAAUCACCACUACUGUUCUGGACAAUCGUUGCGGUCGGCUCCCGGAAAUACAGUGAAAACCCAACCCUGAUUAUCUUGCUUGGUCCCAAAGUCUCCAACCUGGCCAAGCUGGCCUUGUUCGCGCAGGAGCCUGUACUUCUAACCAUUCAAGCUUUCCUCCUGUUGUGCUCAUGGCCGAUGCCUUUCGAAGCGCUGAGCAAUGAUAUCACCCCCAUUCUAGCUGGAGCGGUCUUACAACUAGCUACAACUAUUGGACUGCACGUCUCGGGCGUGGGGCAAGAGUUCGCACGAACUAGAGUCAGUCAAGAUCUCACCUACCGUGUUGCACGUGGCAAGCUGUGGACUGCAUGUGUAGUGGUCUCACAAAGGAUUAUAACGGUGAAUGGAACACCACCCCUUGUGAUUCCCGACACAUAUGGCGACAACUCAGAGGAAUUAAGCCCUUUCGUGACUCCAAGUUUCCAGUUUCAGAAGAAAGUUAGCGAAUUUCUUAGCAUGACUAUCCUCUACAUCCAGAAUCACGCGCUGUACAAGCCCGCAGACGAAUUACCGAGUGCACUUGAUCCGAUAAUUCGCUCUGCUGUCGAUCGGCUGGUUGAACUGGAGUCUGAUUCGCCAGAACCCAUGGAUCGAUUCUAUGCCUUGUCAGCCCAACUCCACCUCCUGAGUUUUCACUUAUUCAAGCACCGAUCUGCGAUCGAAGACGCAACUCUAUUGGUAAUGUACGAACUCGCGUGCAGGACGAUCGAGCUCGCGAUCAGACUAGAUUCAGAGCUCAGCAUGGCCGAAUACGGCCCUAUAUACAUCACGAAAUUCCUGCACAGCGCAGUGAUUACCAUUUUACGUUUGGGAAGAGCCGGGAUUGCUCAACAACCAAACUUGGAGCGCGGGCAACGGGCCUACUUCGCAGUAAUUAAUUACCACAAGAGACAUGCCGUGCGCCCGGACGACGCCUUCGCUCGAUUCAGUAUCAUCCUUGCGCAGUUAUGGACCAGCACCAAAAUCUUCCAGUAUUCGAACGGCCUUGUGGAUAGCCUCAGGGUUAGAAGCAAAGCCAGACUUGGAAUGAGCAUGGUUUACGACUGCUUCUGGUGGUGGCGACAAGAAUAUGGAGGGCAAAGCAAUGUAUAUGGAGACAACCAUGUGGAUCAAACUGCCAACGCUAAUCUUGAUCACUUCACUCCUGGUUUGGACAACGACCAACUGGACCUGGUCAAUUUGAAUUUGACCCCGAUUCCAGACCUACAGUGGCCUGUGUUUGACAAAUUUUUUAUUGAAAAUUGGCCAAGUCUAGAUCUAGAUAUCAGCAUACCAAAACAAUGA